GAUUCUCCCCCUAGGUGUCUUAUCUCCGAUAAUCUCGUCUCGAACCUAAUCAACCCAACUUCACUUGUAUUAUCGCUUCCUGAUCGCUCUACUGGCGUUAUAUCAUCAUGUCCGCUAAGAGCAGCGCCGAAAAGCCUGCUUCGAACCCUUCCGACACCAACGAGCCCGGCUCUGUCCAAGUCGAGAGACCUAGUGAUUCCGCCGAAGGCUCCAACAAUGUCCAAAAAGAGUCCGAAGAGGUAGCGGCGAAGUCGGUGGAAGAAGAUGACACGGCCGCAAAGGCUCGUCAAAGACGGGAAAGGUUCAUAGCCCUCCAGGCUCGCGCGAAAUCUGCAACAGAACGGAACUUGAAGGAAACAGCAGCCGAGACGCAGCGUUUAGCCACCGACCCAUCACUACUCUCGUCAUUGUCUCGUAAACAUGCGUUUGCGUCCCAUAAUCUACUUAAAGCUGACACUGAGGUCGCUGGCGAAGACUUUGAACGGAAACGAGCUUGGGAUUGGACUGUGGACGAAUCCGAAAAGUGGGAUAAGCGAAUGGAUAAGAAACAGCGUCAUCGGGAUAAUGUGGCUUUCCAGGACUAUACGCAAGACGCGCGUAAGGUCUAUAAGAAGCAACUACGCGAAAUGAAGCCUGACCUAGAAGCCUACGAGCGAGACAAGCUAGCCGCUAUUGAAAAGGCCGCUGCUAACGGCGACUUAGAAAUUGUGGAAACCAACGAUGGUGAAAUGAUUGCUGUUGAUAAGAAUGGGACAUUUUAUUCCACUGCGGAUACAAUCGGAUUUACUGAGAAUAAACCCGAUAGAGCUGCCGUUGACAGGCUGGUAGGAGAUCUCCGGAAAGCAGAGGAGGCUCAGCUCAAGAGGCGGAGAGAGCGCCGUGGCGACGAAGAGGGCGAUGUCACCUACAUCAACGAAAAGAAUAAGCAAUUCAACCAGAAGCUGGCGCGCUUCUAUAACAAGUACACUACGGAAAUACGUGACAGCUUCGAACGUGGCACCAUGAUCUGAUAGAAAUACAUGAGACUUAUGUCUAUAAUACAGCGCAGGGCUUGCCGAUAAGCGUUUGGUCGUGAAUCUAGGACUA